GUAACACGUGGAGGAGAGGGCUGAGGAGCUGAGCUGUGCUCUUCACUACACUACUGCUUGGUGCCCUGAUCAGGAACAGGGGGGACAGGGGACUGAUGUGGUUCUGGGAUCCUGCACACACUCUCAGUAUACCCAGUAGCAGCAGCAGCAGUCACCACCCUGACAGGCAGCCUUCCACCCAACAGCAGCAACACAGACAGCAAGAGGGGACAUCAGUGUCUACAGAACAACCAUGAGCAGCCAGUACCAUGAGGAGGCAGCUGAGAGGCCGGAGUGCAAAAGUAAAUCCCCCACCCUGCUCUCCUCAUACUGCAUAGACAGCAUUCUGGGCAGGAGGAGCCCCUGCAAGAUGAGGCUGCUGGGCACCCAAAGCUUGCCACCCAUGACUGCCAGGACUGACCAGGACAAAAGUUUAGAAGGUUCUCCAAAGAACAACUCUACUUUUGAGGCUGAGCUUCAUCUACCUCCAAAACUGAGAAGGCUCUAUGGUCCUGUGGGGGCAGCUGGGCGGCUGCAUAUACAGUCUCUGCCUGAUGCCAGGUCAGCAGUGCCCAGGUCGGAUAAACCUGAUCGGCUACUACUACUUGGUGGAGCAGGAGAAAGCAGUUGGGAGAACCAUAGCCUGAAGAUCAGCCAGGCCCCACAGGUCAGCAUCAGCCGCAGCAAGUCCUAUAGAGAGAACAGCGCCCCCCUGCUGCGAGAAGAACAGAGCAGCCCCGAUGGUCUACAACAGCCACUCCAGACCGGUGCUUCUCUGCAAGACAGAUUGGGAGGAAUAGCCCAAAAUCCAACAGAGGAGGAAGAGGAGGAUGAGGAAGACGAGGACGAUGAAGAAGAUGAUGAGGAAGAGGAUGAGACAGAUAAACAACACAAUAGUAAUAACACCAGCAGCAAUCCCAACAGAGGACUCCUGAAGGAGCAGCACCCACAAUUCCAGCAGCAACAGCAGCAGCAACAAGUAGGAUGUGGACCUGAUGGAGACAUGUCUCCCAAGGAGGAACUUCUACUUCAUACUUCUGAUGCUGAUGGAAAAGAUGGAGAGGACAGUGUGUGUCUGUCAGCUGGCAGUGACUCUGAGGAGGGCAUGCUAAAGAGGAAACAGAGGAGGUAUAGAACCACCUUCACCAGCUACCAGCUAGAAGAACUAGAGAGGGCUUUCCAGAAGACCCACUACCCGGAUGUCUUCACAAGAGAGGAGCUAGCCAUGCGCCUGGACCUGACUGAAGCCAGAGUGCAGGUAUGGUUCCAAAACCGAAGAGCCAAAUGGAGGAAAAGGGAGAAGGCAGGUGCCCAGACCCAUGCCCCAGGCUUGCCCUUCCCGGGCCCUCUGUCCGCCAGUCACCCGCUGAGCCCCUACCUUGAUGCCAGCCCAUUCCCUCCACACCAUCCUGCCUUGGACUCUGCCUGGACCGCCGCUGCCGCUGCUGCUGCCGCCGCCUUCCCUAGUCUGCCUCCACCUCCCGGCUCCACAUCGUUACCCCCCAGCGGUACCCCACUAGGACUCAGCACUUUCCUGGGGGCAGCUGUGUUCCGGCACCCGGCCUUCAUCAGCCCCGCAUUCGGCAGGCUCUUCUCCACCAUGGCUCCCCUGACUAGUGCUUCCACCGCCGCAGCUCUUCUUAGACAGCCCAGCCCUGCUGUGGAGAGUGUAGCGCCAUCUGGCGGCUUAUCAGACCCAGCCACAGCCGCAGCGGACAGACGGGCGUCCAGUAUAGCAGCCCUCAGGCUCAAAGCUAAAGAACACGCAGCACAGCUAACUCAGCUCAACAUCAUCCCCGGGAACAGCACAGGGAAAGAGGUCUGCUAAGUCCCUUCCCUUCCCCCCCACCCCAAAAUCACCAAGCAAGACCAAAUGGAGGGCAAGGAACACAGCCGAGGACCACAGACUAUAGGACUGUGCUAGAAGAGUCAUGGAGGGUCCUUGUCUCAAGUAAUAAUCAGUGUACUACAUUAUGCAGCCCCAGAGCAGUAACCUUGGUACUCUAUGACGUCACUGUUGACUCCCCAUGCUCUGCGUGACGUCACAUUACUGCUGCAGUUAAGCAAAAAGGGAAAUAACAAAUAUAUAUAUAAAUAUAUAUAUAUAAAAAAAAAAAAAAUCCCCAGCCAGUUUUAUUUCUUCUAUUGUUUCUUGGACAUUCCCUAACUUGUGAUCUUUAACCCUGUCUCAUCAGGAUCGCCUCUAUUUAUGCAGGACUUAUGCCACUGAUCCACUAAAACUUAGGUGAACGAUCUAGUCAGUGCACUUACCAGAGAUGUAUAUCUGUAUUGUGUUCUUUUCUUUUAGCUUAAACCAACCAAGGUUCUUUUUUUUUUUUUUUUUUUUUUGUUCUUUUAUUUUUCUACCAAACCAAAGGGAAAUGAACUGUCAGAUUUAUGGACUGUUGAAGUCACUAAACUGUGAUUACUGAUUCUGUACAUAAUAACAUUGUUAUAAAAAAAAAAAACACACACAAAAAAAAAACCAUAAGGAAAAAAGAGCUUUGUAUAUUUGAAAUGUUAUAAAAAGAAUUGCACUCAGUGUAGUGUUGUAAGUUUGUCGAACUGUAGAAUUCUAUCUGUGUUGUAGAUACCACAAGGUUCCUAGCACAAAUAUUUAUGUAAAAAACCCUUUAUUUAACUUAUUAACUGUAGAGCUUUCCAAACCUUUAAAUCAAUGCUACCUGUGUAAUGUUGUCUUAUUGUCAUCAUUUUUUUCCAGGCUUUCCUAUUGGAAAGUGUGCCACCCAGAAUAAUAAAAAAAAAAACAAAAAACAAAACAAAAACAAUCAAAAAAAAUAUAAGAACAAAACAAAACACAGCUAUAUGUUUAACUAAACCUGAAGCCUUUUUGAUGUGUGUGAAUGUAAGGAGUGUGGUUGUCACCUAGCCUGAUGUAUGGGGGGAUAUUACUGAUUUCUCUACAUUUUUAAGGAGUUGUCUAUUUUAUGACAUUAAUCCUGUCUUUUCACCUGGCAGUUUUUUUUUAAUUCAUUUUAAUUUUGCCACCACAAAGCAAGAAGUGUAUUGAAAAGGAAUAGGAAAUAUGAAGGACUUACAUUUCUCCUU